GGAUGGGGCCUUCUACCACACCUGUGGCGGCAGCCUCAUCGCCCCCGACUGGGUCGUGACUGCAGCCCACUGCAUCUCGAACUCCCGGACCUACCAGGUGGUGCUGGGCGAGUAUGACCGGGCCGUGCAGGAGGGCCCUGAGCAGGUGAUCCCCGUCAAUCCUGGUGACCUCUUCGUACACCCGAGCUGGAGAAGCUACUGUGUGGCCUGCGGCAAUGACAUCGCCCUGGUCAAGCUCUCGCGCAGUGCCCAGCUGGGGAACACCGUCCAGCUUGCCACCCUCCCUCCUGCUGAUGACAUCCUGCCCAACGGGGCGCCCUGCUACAUCAGCGGCUGGGGCCGCCUCUACACCAAUGGGCCCCUCCCGGACAAGUUGCAGCAGGCCCUGCUGCCUGCGGUGGACCAUGAGCACUGCUCCCGGUGGGACUGGUGGGGCAUCUCUGUGAGGAGGACCAUGGUGUGCGCUGGCGGUGACAUCCAGUCUGGCUGCAAUGGUGACUCUGGGGGACCCCUCAACUGUCCCACCGACGAGGGCAAAUGGCAGGUGCACGGCGUGACCAGCUUUGUCUCGUCACUGGGCUGCAACACGCUCAAGAAGCCCACAGUGUUCACGAGAGUCUCGGCCUUCAUUGACUGGAUCGAGGAGACCAUAGCCAGCCACUAGGACCGAGGCCCAGCUGGCCGCGCCCACCCCGCGUCCUCCAUACACAAUAAAGGCGUCUCUGCAAGC